UUGAAAAAUCCCUGUUACAAUACCCCACAAACCAAAGCGAUGUCUUUAAGUUUCUUGUUUUAUACAGUAACAGUCGGUGUAACAGUCCAGACCCUAAAGUUCAGAUUACUGUAAUAUAUUGAAGAAAAGUAUCAAAUCCUCUCAUUUGAGACUGAGCAAAUGUUUUGGUGUUUUUGCUUGAAAAACAAAUAAAUGAUUAAUCAGUCGUCAAAAUAUCUGUUUGAUGAAUUUAAUAAUCUCGACCUGCAAUGAUUUGUCUAUUUUAAAAACUUUAUCUGCAAUUUUUUUUUUUUUUUUUUUUAAUCACUCUAAAUGUAAUCUCUUUGGGUUUUGGAUUGUUGCUCGAACGAAACAAGAUUUUUAAAGAUGUCAACAAGGACUCUGGGAAAAUAUAGCAAGCCAAGCGAGUUUCUGCACAGGCUGACACAUUCACACUUAUUUGUUGUCCCUCUCUGAUGUGGGCAGAUUACAAAACACACAGACUAUCAUUUGGGGCCUAAUCGUGUUGUCUGGUUGUUUUUGCCUCCAACUUUUCUUCUCCCAGAGGUAAAACACCACAGACUGACCACACCACAGCUCCGCAAAGCAAAACUUUACAGUGCCAGGUGCAACAGUUCUCAGCUUCACCAUUUAAACUGACUCAGUGGCGUGAACAUGGUAGUAAUAUAACUAAAGACCACUGACUUGUUGUGUCCUAGUCCGUCUCUGCUGGCAGAACCUCCGCCCACAUCCCUGCUCAGAUGCUUUUUCAGUGAUUGAAGUACAGUUAUGACAUGAGACAAAGUAGUAAUUCAGCCUCAUUAUCAGGCUGGUUAUUUCCUCUAAUACAGGCACGCCGCACAGUGGCAGUCAGCUGUUUGUUCCUGUGUUGUGUUCAAGUGCGACUUUCACCAUGUCAGCCUUUGUCUGUGCUUCUCCUGUGAGGUCAACUUGGUGUGUCGGGUCCUUACAUUGUAAAAUGAGAGAAGAAGCUCAAACCUCUUGGCUGCAGUAAAGGAGAGUUAUAAUCACAGGACAGUAGUCAGUACUAAAUAUCUAGCUAGUUAGACUGGUUUAUGUGUCUUUUUCCUGUAGAUAGCAAAAUAUUUAAGCCAUUAAAAACGGCAGCAGACAACAGGUUUUGGCUGUCAAAAUGAUACAAGGAGAAAUUCAUCUGAAAGAGGAGGAAGUAGGGACCAGAAUGCAUUGCAGCAGUCAGAUUGUUUGGGUUUAGAGUAAGGGGUGAUUCCGUUUUUACAAAUCGUUAAAUGUCAUCAUGAUCUCUGUCUUUACCAACACAGGGGAAUGAUCACACUUUCAGAAUGUUAACAUACAGAAAUGGAAGCAUGUAGACUCAAUGCUCCUUGCAGGGUUAAAAGGUGCAUUCUGGGAAAUGAAGGAAAUCAGAAACUGGAGUAGAAGGUGAUGCAGCAGGUUGAGGAAAAGUGGGUAGCACAGUGAUUUUAGUCCUUAAACAUAUGAAUCUCUGACUCUGCUUUGUGGCUAUGAUCAGUCUACUAACCUGCCUGAUGACCUUUAACUUUUGACCCCUGCUCUGUAGUCAGAUAGUCACCUCAGUUCUAUCAAAUCACUAGGGGUAUCUUUGUUCAUUUCUUUUAAUUUAUAUGUAUUAAUUUACAUCAACAAAUGAAAAAGAUUAAAAUAUAUUUGAUCUGCAGCGAUUGUAUGUUUUGUAUUUUUCAAUCCACUCCAGCUCUGUUUUAACAUGACAUAAAUCAUUUCACUUAAAGGAAAAUACAAGUGAAAAGCACAAAAAAUGUGAAGGAAAAAGAAAUAAAACAAGAUUCAGUUAUACUAAUAAUCUUUUAUAACCGACAACAAAAAUAAAUAAAAUUAAUACAAAAAGAGUAAAAUAAUCAAACUAUUGGAAACCAAAGUAAAUCAAAGCAUGACAUUUUAUGAAUAAAAUAUGUUCCCAUCAAAAUCAUAACAUUUACAGUAACAUUAAGUGUUUAAAGACAUUUUGUUAUGUUAAAACUAUUUUUUUUUGUUACUAUUUUGUUUUGUUUUUUUAAAUAUAUACAUUUAAAAAUAUAUUUAACGUUUGUGAAUAACAAAUUACGUCAUCACAGCGCGACAGCUUCGUAGGCGUUACACAGUUCGGUGUAAACAUGAACCCGCAGUAUGUGUAAAUAUAACAGGAGCGGCAAAUAUACGCUGCCGCCUGUGUUUAAUUACACACAGUGGGAGCUGCUGUAGCUUUAGUCUCAAUACAAAACUGGUUUUACCCGCGUCGUGCUCUCCGGAGGCGGUCUGAGCUUUAGCUUGUAGCCGUUAACUGUCAGUUCACCGAUGGAGGAGCCGCCGCAGCUUCCACCUGAGGUCUGGGUGUACGUCUUCAGCUACCUGAGCACGGAGGAGAAACACACGCUCCGCACCUGCUGCAGGUACCUCAAGAAGCUCGUCGACCACCCGUCCCUGUGGAGGGACUACACGGUGGUACUGUCCGACCUCCGCCGGUACACCUACGGCUUCUGGGACACCCUGCGGCUUCGCAAGCUCACCCGGGUGGCGGUGCGACACCUUAGGCGCAAAGAGUGGCGGCGGCUCGUCAAGUUUCUCCCGUCUCUCACCGCCAUCGUGUUCGUGGACGGAGGGCGGCUGUACAAGGAGAAAUACCUGGAUAACCUGUCGCGGUUCCCCGACUUGAGGGACCUCGGGGUGCGGAACGCCACCUGGGACGAGGCCAUGCUGGGGCGGACUCUGAGCGAGCAGCUGCAGGAGCGUCUGACUCACCUGAGCGUGUGCAACGUCAGGCUGCCUUGCACGGUGGAGUUCAUAAACACCGUGUCGCGCCUGGUCAACCUUCGGUACCUGCUCUUCCACCAGCAGGGGGAGGGCUACGGGCUGGACACGGUGAGGCCGGUGCCCUGCAGCGUUUUCCACACCUUGCUGCUGAACCUGAAGAGGCUGAAGCACCUGUCUUGGGGGAUGAGGGGGGAACCGCCAGAGCCGCUGCCCGACGAUUACCUCAGCCCCGCGGACCAGCAGCAGCCAGGAUCAGGUCGGUACGGCGGCCCGGCACUGACCUGCCUGGAGCUGGUGGAUUACCCAGAAACCAUCCUGCCAGAGAACGCCCUGAGAAGUCUGACCUCGCUCAGGUCACUGACUGUCCGCUACAGGUACAUCAGAGAAGGCAUCGAGUGUCGCCUCAGGUCCUGGCUCAGUCCUCUACAGCAGCUGGAAACACUCACCAUUAUCGGUGGUAAUUCUCUCGCUACCUAUACAACCACCAUCCCGUCCAGCGUGACCAGACUGACACUGCGUGUGGCCAUAACUCUGAAAGACAUGGACUCCAUCGCUCCUAAAGUCCCGGCUCUCGAGCACCUGGACAUCGAGCAGAACCGCUCCAGCGGCAGCCUCUGCAGACGAAUCCCCAUGCUGUUUCCUCAGCUCAGGACACUCAGGAUACGGUUUUUCCGUAGAGAACCAGAGAAGGACCUGCUGAGCCUCCACCGGCUACGACACCUGGUGCAGCUGGAGCUGCUGGUGGAGCGCUCGUUCAUCCUCAGAGACUACCUGAAUGGUCACCCCUGGCCCAGCCCUUGCGUACAGGAGCUGAUCAACCAGCUCAGAGAGCUGUCCGAGAACAGGAUCACCGUCAUCACCACGAUGCGCCAGAGAAACCCUCUACGAGAAUGUGACUGUGUGUGGGAGGGGGACUGAAGACCGGGAGGAAAUGAGAACCGGAAGUCGUUUUUGUCCUCCUGGCGACAGACGACAGAGUUGGGAACGCCGACACCCAGGUUGGAGUAAAUCAAACACACGGCAACAGAUAAUGCCUGUUUUCUUAUGAAGUUAACAGGCAGCCAUAAGUGGGGCAGCCAUAAGUGAGGCACACUGAAGGUCCUUGGACGUUAAAAUUAUAAAUCUCAUGAAAGUGCCUGAAUAUGAUAAUUAGUGGAUGAUGUUCGCCAAUCAUUUGGCUUGAAAUUUCUUGGAUUCCAGAAAUGCACUGAAGUUUUAUCAGAAAGGAGACACAGUGAACAGACUGAGGGCUCAGCUCUGACUGUGAACUCACAGCAUUAAUUCUCACCUGAACCUGAAAUAAAAUAGUCAAAGAACAGCCAGGGGCGUGGCCAGCACCGACAAAUAGAGGCCAGUAGCUUGGGUUGGGUCUGUUUUGGAUCCCGUUCCCAGUCAGCAAAAUAUUCACAUUCGUUAAGCUCUGACGCUAACAAAUCUCUUAUUGAACUUUUUGUUUUUUAUUCUCUCCUGGUUAUUUGUAAUUAGCAAAGACCAGCACUGAAAACAUGCAGGAAACUUGAGUCUGUAGGUUAAUGUGCUCUCUCCAGGCCGCUGACUGGAUUCUGCCAAAGAUUGUGAGUGAAAAGACGCAUCACUCUGUAAUGUCUCUCUACGACGGCCAGUCAAAUGUUUUUUUUGUAGCUCAACAGAGUCGAGAUGCUCUUAGUUAAAUACAGGAAAGUUUCUCAGUUCAGCUUCUUACAUAGAUCAGAUCUGGAGCUCAUUAUGGUCAGAGUAAUGGAUCCAGAGGUCCAGCUGGUAUUUCAUUGUGUCACAACAGACAAUAUCAAUCAAUAAUCAACAUUUCAGACCUCCUGCUCAGAUCAUUUUUCAGGUUGGAGCUGCAUGUUGUCAACAUUAACUGGGUUAGCGUCAUUAAUGUUGCUAUUGGUUUAUUUAGUGCCAGUAAAAACGGUUUUCUGGCUUCUCAGCCGACAAAAGCUGAUAACAGAUCUAAACUGAAUCUCUGACUUGUAUUUAUUUUUAACUUAAUUAAUUUAUUUUUAAGCUUCUUGCAAAAGAUAAAAACUGAACUUAAUGAGAUCUGAGAAUGAUUCGAAAGAAUUCAGAUUCAAUAAGUGGAUCUGAUAGCGGACUCAGAUUCUAUAAAAUGGUUUCGAAUGCCAACUACUACCUGUAGCUAAUAGAGGCGUGGAAUUAACUGUUGUGUGCUGCAACAGCUCACACGGUGAAUUCAGCAAAAACUAUCGUAGUCCUUCCCUUAUUGAUUAUCGAUAGGCCUUUAAUGUGAAGCCUGUGCAGGAAGUGUUGACUGAUUGAAGCCUAAAUAAUGGUCCUUUGCCACCGAGUAAAAGAAAGGCCACUGUUGAGAGUUUACAGUGUUUUUAAAUAAAAAGCAGACAGACGUCAGUCAGUUGUGAGGAGAUCGACGCAGCUCGAUAUGUAUCAGUAUUUAUUUCAAGAAGAUCAGUAUUUAUUUAACCUUCCUGUUCAUACAGGAACAGUUUAGUCUGUUGAACCAAAUGACAGCGCUGGACUCUGAGGAGCCUCGAGCUCAAGGAUCAGAAUAAACAAAUAGAUGUCAAAGUGUCGCUCAUCAGCCAACUGUUCCCCCCAAAAAUUAAUUAAUGCACUUUGAUUAUUAAAACUUUUGGAGGAAUCAAUUAAAUACUGUCAAUUUUUUUAUUUAUAAAGUCAAAGAAUGUACUUAUCACGCAUUUUAUUUAUGAACAAACUACCUAGUUUACUUUGAGCUGCAAAAUAAUUUCAAUUGUUUAAACAGCUUUGAGGAAAUAUAUGAAUUUUGUUUUCAUAAAUGUUUAUGUAUUUCAUAACAAAUUAACAUGGACGUUGAUGAAUUAAGAAUAUCUCACAAUUUGUAUGUUUUUCAACUAAAUUUAAACAUGGGGAUUUCAGUUCCAAAUAUCAACUUUAUUUGUAAAAUUUUAUUAAUUAUUUUAUAAUUAAUUUAAAUUAGAGUUGCAACAAUUAGUUGAUCGAUUCAUUAAUUGGCAACUGUUUCAACAAUCGAUUUUUCAAGAAAAACACACAAAACAUUUGCUGGUUCAAAUGUGAGCAUUUGUUAUAUUUCUGUAAAUGUAAUAUUUUGACUGUGGGUUGGACAAAAUAAGACACUUGAGGAUUUCUCUUUAGACUCCAGGAUGAUGUGAUGGGCGUUUUUCAUCAUUUUCUAAUGCUUUAUUGACCAAAUGAUGAACUGAUUAACUUGCAGAUCAAUCAAUAAUAAAAUAAUUUAAAAUAAUUGGUAGUGCAGCUAAAAUUUGAAUAAUUUAUGAACUAUUAACCCCUGUGUUCCCCUGUGGCUUAUUACAAAAUAAAAGUCACUCUUGGUUCCACGUCCACAGAAACUAUUGAAUAUUUGCUUGAUUAAUUAACAAUUGUUUGGUCUGUAACACGUCAGAAAACUGUGAAAAUGCUCAUCACAAAUAUUCCAGAUUGCUGCUUUUGUAAAAGAGGUCAAACCUCCAGCAGUACUUGAAGUACACGGAAGAAGUUUUUUGUUAGACCGAAGCAUUCGCAAAAUUAAAAAAGUAUUAAUCUUACUACAAUUAAACCUGAAGAAAAGUUUUGAGAAGCUGGAACAAAACGUUUUCAGUCACUCUUUCACAACUGAGAUCUGAGAAAGGUCUCUUUUGUAUCUGUAUAGUGAAUAUGAGCUUAAUUAUCAAUAUAAGUGUAGAAGUGUAAAGCUUUACAAGAAACAGGAAGUGUAAUGUUGCCAUGGAUUCAGUGGGUCAAACCGUUAACUACAACUUGAGCCCUUUUUUCUUUUUUUUUAGCCUAUAUUUGUUUACAUUUUCAAAAAUUAAACACAGACUCAACUGUUAACAUUUCCUCUCUCUAUGCACCUUUAGAUGUUCUGACGGUUAUCACUGAAUGAAUGAAGAAAACGUAAAAACCUGGUGAUUCUCAGGCAAGUUCCUUUUCUAUUAGUCAUAAGUAUGAGAGUUAGUCAUAAUCAUGAGAUAAGGUCUCCGAAUUCUCCGAGAUGUUUUUGUUUUUUGUCAAACCCUUGAAAUAGGAAAGAAAAGCCGGGACAAGGUGAACGGUACAGGGUUAAAAUGAAGUGACUGAUUAAUAUUCUGGUUUUAAUCCACAGUGAUUCAUCUUUUGCUUCAAACUGGUAACAGUUAAUCAUACUAUAAGUUAGUCCACUUUCUGGCAGCUUGGGUGUUUUUUUCUAUGUUGCCAUGAAGAUGCUGUUUUCAGGCCGAUUGUGCAUUUGAGUUGUGAGCUUUUUAUUUCUGUUGUAAUUUACUUAACUUUCACACAGACUGAUUUGUGGGAGAAAGCACCACCGUUUGUUUCUUACGAAACUGACUCAAACUUGAAAGAUACUGUUUGUUUUUGCUUUUUUUUGUUCCUGCAUUUUUUAUAUUGAAAAGUUUGCCUUUAUAAUUUAUGGAGCAUCUGCUUCAGUGCGACUGUAGGCACAAAAAAAAGACUGAAAUUGUAGCAGCCAUGCAAAACCAAAACUGAGCUUUGCAAGAAGACUUGAAAGAGAACUUAUUUUUUAUAGUACUUGUGUAUUUUGUAAUUAUUCCGUUUUUUUAAAGCCUAAAGAUCAUGAGGAUGUGUAGGCUGAAAGUGGAAAAUGUUGCGAUGAUUAUGAAUUAAAAAGAGAAAAUUUUAUUCUUUAAUUUGGUCUUUUUUUUUUUUUGUCAUUUUCUGUUACUUUGUUCUUUGUAUCUGAUUCCUUGUACUGUGUUUUAGUAUUUUUCCAGUUUAAUCGACUGGUUUUAUUUUAAUGUAGAUGUAAAAUUGAUAGACAUGAUAAAUUCAUAUGAACAGAGAAAUGUCGACGCUGCUCUGAAUGGUUGAUUGUUAGUUGAGUAACUAAUUUCAUUCUACUGAUGAAUUCAUUAAAAGUGACUCCGAUCAUGAAUAA